UAUGAGUGGGGAAAGAAACAGGGCCGUCAGCUGAGUCGCGAGCUUUUCUAGUAACGCUGGGAAGUGUCUGGAAAUGGCCGAGUCUUCGCUUAACUUACUUAACUAAGAGAAACUACUUAACUAUUUACUUUAAACAAAAAGGAAUUAACUGUACGUCCGGCUGGUCAUAACUGAGGUUUUUGGGGAAAGUGUCACUUUGUAAAGGAAGAAGAGUGUGAAGAAUUCUACAGAAGCAGAGACACUUCCCAAUAAACCUCUGGAGAACUGCGGGACAUGCCACACAUAAGACAAAUAGGUCAGUCAGCAUGUUCCUGACUUCGACCUGAUGCCUUUUUUCUCUGCUUCCUCUGCCAUGGAAGGGCAGAACUGUUCUCAUACAGAGGGAACUCAACUGGAUACUGGAAUGUUGGGCCUGGCCUCUUCUGCUAUGGAGAAUCCACUUUGCACACCAUGGAAUUUCUCACAGACGCCUUUCAACCUCUGUUGGCCUGCACAGUCUGGGAGUCAGCAACACUGUUCCAGCAGCACUCCAGAGAUGCACAUGGAUAUUUUCAGCCAUUCCGCUUAUUCUGAUCUAGAUUUGAUGAAUCUUUCCUACAAUGAAGACUUCUUUUCGGACCUUGUAUGUAUAGAUGAUCUGUCCAACAACUCCCUCUUCUCUUCUUCUGACUCCCUGUCUGAGUAUGUAGAUGACAGCUUGGCAACUGUACCUACCAUAUGGGACAUCAAUACACCAGCAGAGAAUCAGGAGCUGAGUUCCAGCCGGUUUCAGGGCUUAUGCAGUUUAGACGAUAUCACUGCUAUAAUCAGCACACCGCCUCAGGGGAGCAUUCAGAUUUCGCAGCCACACCCAGAGGAGGAGGAGGAGAUAGAGGAAGAGGAGACAGAAGAGCUAGGCCAUGUAGACACCUAUGCUGACUAUAAACCUUCAAAAUCCACUAUUGGAAACUCUCAUCCUGACCGUGUAGUGGAGACCAGCACUCUUUCCAGUGUCCCUCCACCUGACGUCACUUACACUCUCUCCAUUCCUGACACCAUCAUAGACAGAAGCAUGCUCUCUGCCCUGCAGCUUGAGGCCAUCAUCUAUGCCUGCCAACAACAUGAGGUGAUUCUUCAAAACAACCAGAGAGCAGGUUUUCUGUUAGGAGAUGGAGCUGGAGUUGGAAAGGGCCGCACGGUGGCUGGGAUCAUCCUUGAGAACUACCUAAAGGGAAGGAGGAAAGCACUUUGGUUCAGUGUAUCCAAUGACCUCAAAUAUGAUGCUGAACGAGACCUUCAGGACAUUGGUGCUCCCAAUAUUCUAGUACAUGCAUUGAAUAAGAUAAAGUAUGGAGACACGGCUACCUCAGAAGGGGUUCUGUUUGCUACCUACUCGGCUCUAAUUGGAGAGAGCCAGGCAGGAGGCCAGCUUCGGACCAGGCUCAAGCAGAUCCUAGAUUGGUGUGGACCUGAAUUUGAUGGAGUCAUUGUAUUUGAUGAGUGCCAUAAAGCCAAGAAUGCCACGUCCACCAAAAUGGGCAAAGCUGUGCUGCAGCUGCAGGACAAGCUUCCUCUGGCCAGGGUUGUGUAUGCCAGUGCCACAGGUGCCUCUGAGCCAAAGAACAUGAUCUACAUGAGUCGUCUGGGCAUCUGGGGAGAAGGAACACAAUUUAAGACGUUUGAUGAUUUCCUCCAUGCAAUAGAAAAGAGAGGGGUGGGUGCCAUGGAAAUUGUUGCCAUGGACAUGAAGGUGAGUGGGAUGUACAUUGCACGGCAACUGAGCUUCUCAGGGGUGUCCUUCCGCAUUGAAGAAAUCAGCUUGGAUGAUGACUUCAUACUCGUUUACAACAAAGCUGCCAAACUGUGGGCAGAAGCCUUGGCUGUCUUCACUCAGGCUGCUGAUCUUCUCGGUAUGGUGUCCAGGAAGUCUUUGUGGGGUCAAUUCUGGUCUUCCCACCAGCGAUUUUUCAAAUACCUCUGUAUUGCCUCCAAGGUGCGCUGUCUGGUCGAGCUGGCAAAGAAGGAGCUAGAAGCUGGCAAGUGCGUUGUGAUUGGACUACAAUCAACAGGUGAAGCACGAACCCGAGAAGUUCUUGAUGAAAACGAAGGGCACCUCGACAAAUUUGUUUCUGCCGCAGAGGGUGUGUUCCAGUCCCUGGUACAGAAGCACUUCCCUUCAGAGAAACAGCGAAGAGAGAAAGGAUCAGCCAGCAAGAGGAAACGUAAGCCCAAAGGCCGGCAGGCAAAGUGCUCCAAACAGGGUACGGAUGCCAAAAGCCUCAUUAACAUCAGUGAUGACAGCAGCACAGAGUCUGAUGGAGUCGACAGCGACUCCAAUUCGUCUCCAGAUUCACUACAAGACAAUAACGAUGAUGUCAUCUUUAUUACACAAACCAACUGUCAUGCAGCUCAUUUGGAGGAGAUGAAGCAAAGCCUCCUCAGUAAAAUUGUGGGGCUUGGGAAAGAACUACCUCUGAACACUCUGGAUGAGCUCAUAGAUAAAUUUGGAGGUCCAGAAAAGGUUUCAGAGAUGACAGGAAGGAAGGGCCGAGUGGUUCGGCGGCCAGAUGGGAGUGUGCACUAUGAGUCUCGCGCUGAACAUGGUCACACCAUUGACCAAAUCAACAUCAAAGAAAAGGAUCGCUUCAUGAAUGGAGACAAGCUGGUGGCUAUAAUCUCUGAGGCGGCCAGUUCAGGAAUCUCUUUACAGGCAGACAGGCGGGUGAAGAACCAGCGCCAGCGAGUCCACAUGACUCUGGAGUUGCCCUGGAGUGCUGACCGGGCCAUCCAACAGUUUGGUCGUACUCACCGCUCCAACCAAGUCACAGCACCAGAGUAUAUCUUCCUCAUCUCUGAACUGGCUGGCGAAAGACGCUUUGCUUCAAUUGUGGCUAAGAGACUGGAGAGUCUGGGUGCUCUGACACACGGUGACCGAAGAGCAACAGAGUCUAGAGACUUGAGCAAGUACAACUUUGAAAAUAAAUAUGGUAGCAGGGCUUUAGAGAAGAUCACCAAAGCCAUUCUGGGUCACAUCGAGAGUAAGGUGCCUCCUCCCAAGGGCUAUCCAGGUGGUGACGCAAUGUUCUUCAGAGACAUGAAGCAAGGCAUGAUGGAUGUUGGCAUUUUCUGUAAGGAGAUCAACCCUGAGAAAGACUGCACCAUUACUAAGUUCCUCAACCGUAUUUUGGGUCUGGAGGUGCUCAAGCAGAACUCUCUCUUUCAAUACUUCAGUGACAAUUUUGACUACCUGAUUGAAAAGGACAAGAAGGAAGGCAAAUAUGAUAUGGGGAUCUUGGAUCUGGCUCCAGGUAAUGAUGAAAUCUCCAACGAAACUCAAGAGAAAUUUUUGACUCCAGGCAACCCGCAGGAAGGCCAAGUCAUUCUCUAUAAGAUCAGUGUGGACAGAGGCAUGCCUUGGGAAGAGGCUCUUAAAAAGUCUCACACACUCAGCAACCCAGAAGAAGGCUUUUACAUCUCCCACAAGCUGAGGGGGAGUCACCCAUGUGUGCUGCUAGCUGAGCUGGGCAGAGGUCACAACCUGACUCUCUACAAGCCCAAUGUGGGCAAACAGAAGCAAUCUGAGAAUCUAGAGAACAUCCAAAAGAAGUACCGCAAGGUGACUCCCGAGGAGGCAAGGGAAAGCUGGGAGAGUCAGUUCACUUUCUCCUUCAGGAAAUGUAGCCAUGCCAACUGGAACGGGAGGUGCAAAAAGGUCGAGGAAGGUCAGGAGUGUUUGCAGGGCAUGCGCUUGCGGCAGUAUCACGUCCUCUGUGGAGCACUUCUGUGCGUGUGGAAGCGUGUAGCUGACGUGGUGAUGGACAUCACCAGCUCCAGCAUCCUGCAAAUCGUCCGUCUCAAAACCAAGGAGCACAAACAAGUCGGUAUAAAGAUCCCAGAGAACUGUGUGGCUCGGGUGCGAGAUGAGCUGGACCGCAUGGACAAGGAGGUGAAAAGGAAGCGUAAAGAGAAAGAGCUACAGGCUCAGGAGCAGCGCCUGGCUGAACAGCGGCGGAGGAUAUUAGAAGAACGUCACAGGGAUAUGCUCUACUCCCAACCUCCCCAGCUCUCCAGCCUGACCACCCUUUACAAUGGCCCCUUAUUCCCAUCUUUUCCAUCACACCUUCAGACAUCCACAGAGGGCAUCCUGGACCUGACAGCGGGUGGCUCCGCUCGCCUUUCCUCACACAGCACGGGAGCAGGCGUCCUCUCUGAUUUCAGCGUAGAGGCUUUCACACAGGUUGAGCAGCAGCAGCACCAGCAGCAGCAGCAGAGUCAGGCGGCUCUGAGAGACUCUGUGCAGCAGGAGUUGUUCAACUAUGCCACUCAUUGUGAACUAUCACAAUGCCACUCUGCUCUUCCCUCUUCUUCAUCAGACUCUUUACACACUGCCAUACCUGCCUCAGCGAGCCUCUUCUCCACCUCCAUCCACCCUUCCUCCUCCUCAUCAUCCCUUUUUUCUCCUUCACUCACGCCAUCAUCCUCCAGUUCUUCGCUGUCACUCUUUUCCUCCCUGUCGCCGUCAGACCAGCACCCGUUUGCUAACUGUAACGAUGACACAGUCAUCAACGCUAAAGAGGUGCUUAGCAAUAUGCUGAGGAGUUCAGACUCUCGCCAGUCUGUCAUUCACUUCAGAGUUCCCGAGUCUGAGCACCUGUCCUAAACACAGCCUGGUAUUUGAAGCAGGCUGACUGAGCUUGUCGCAGUGACACACCAAGCUGACAGAUUAACACCAACAAAAAAUAGCAGAUUUUGUUAAAUCCAGUCAUCUUCAAAAACUCAAACAACAUGUAUUCAUUUUCAUUUAACUGUCCAUACCAUGAGAUUGCAAUAGUCCACUGUAAUACUGUAUUAGAUGCUAUGUCAAAGCAGUAUACCAUCUACCACCUAUCAGAGAGGUGCCAACACGUCCAUUUAGCUUUAGCAUUUAUGAUUUUUGACACUACAGGAGCCAUAUGAGACCACUGAUUUUCUGAUUUUUCAGAUAAAGCAAAAAUAGAUUUCACCUGUCAUCACUGAAGAGGAAAGAACAAACAUUUGCUUCUGCUAGUAGUUAUUUUUAAUUUGCACACAUGGACUUUACCUAGGUGAAACUUUACUUGUGAAUCCACAAGACUCUCCCUUGCGAGCUAAUAGAAAACUAUAGGGUGGUUCUCACUGUUAGACAACAACAUUGAAGGUACUGCUUAUUGCAGCAGUUAUACUGAAUGUCUGCUUUGCUCUUUUCAUGUAGAAAUAAUCUCGCACACCAGAAGACUCUAUGGGUUUCUCUGGUCAUUUUUGACACUCUGUCGGCUAGGAUUUUCUUGUUGGCACCUGAGAUGUUACUCGUAGUGGUAUACAAUUUUGACUUCUGUUUACAGCCAGCCACACAAACCACCCCAAGCUGCCAUUUUCUCACCACUGUGAACCUGAUUAAUCUCUCCAGUCUGACAUUUUAUUGCAAGAAAAUUAUUCACAAGUUGCAAGAUGAGCAGAACAUGAGGUACUGUGUGUGUGAGAGUGUGUGUGUGAUUACGAAUGUUAGCUUGCUUUGCAUACUUUUAAUUUCCUUUCUAUAUUUCUAGCAUCUAAUAGCAGUUCGACGCAAUCAGGACUGAAUUGCACGUCACAAAAAUACUACAGGCAGAGCGCUAUUUGUGAUCCAGUCACUCAAGAGUUGGCUUGGUGUGUCACUAAAUCAGUUUAUUGUAUGUAACAGACAUGCACUGGACUCAUUCACACACUAGAUAGAUCUCCAGUGUUUAUUAGAUAAAGCCCAUCUGCCCACUUAUACUCAGACUUAGAUGUUUAAAUGUUUUCUGUGUUUGUUUAAAAAGGACCAAAAAAUAGAAAACAAUGACUUAGGGCUUCAUCAUCCAAUCCAACACUGAAUCAAAAAUGCUUGAAACCUGUCUAUUAUAGCUUAUCAGUUAUUUGAGUCACACUGCCCUCUACUGGCAUGUCUCUGUCACAGGUCAUCGUUUUGUUUUGUUUUUUUUUGCUGAAACUUCUGUCAUGCUGAAACCCAAACUGGAAAAGAACAAA